UUCAAAUUCUUCAUCAAUAGAUCAUGAUGAGUGUGGCUACCGUCUCUCCAAUUUUGCACAACAUAGAUAACCUUGUUGGGUUUCUCAAGAGAGGACGAGGACAACAGGAUUCUGAUUACAGUCACCUAGAAUUGAUAGAGAGGAGAAAAAGGCGUAACAUAAUAGAGACGACUACUAAUGAAGAAGCAAGAUUUGCAGAUGAGGAGAAAUCCAGGUCUUCUGGAGUGAGAUUUGGGUACUUACACAAGGGCUUAGGGCUUAAUCAUGAUGAAAUUGAUCGUUUACGAAACGAUAACACUAAUAUCUUAUUGUUGCACCAUAAGAAACUUCAUUUAGUACUUGACCUAGACCACGCCCUGCUGAAUUCCACUUUCCUUGAUAAUAUGUCACCAGACGAACAAUAUUUGAAGACUCAAACCCAAUCUGAUCAUUCUCUGCAGCAUGUUCACAUUGUGAACACUCCCGGUACGCAAUUGAUGACCAAGUUCAGGCCUUAUAUUAUGACAUUUUUAAUGCAAGCUAGUCAAAUGUUUGAGCUGUCCAUUUACACCAUGGGUAGUCGAGACUAUGCGCUCGAAAUGGCUAAGUUGCUUGAUCCCAGAAAUCAAAUCUUUGGUGGUAGAGUGAUCUCACGUAGCGAGAGCACAAAAGAAGAUCGAAAGGGUCUAGAUGUCCUGCUUGCCCGAGAUUCUGCUGUUUUGAUCCUUGAUGAUACAAAAGAUGUAUGGACAGUUGACAACCAGGAUAAUGUAAUAAUAAUGCCAAGAUACCAUUUCUUUAGAUCUAGUUGUCAACAAUUUGGCCUCAGUAGUAAGCCUUAUUCCGAGUUAAAGACUGAUGAAUGUGAUCGGUAUGGAGGAGCUUAUCUUGCAAAUGUGCUUCAACUUCUUAGGCAUGUUCACAGCAUCUUCUUUAAUGAAGUCGAGAUACAGGGUUGGGAUCUUAUCGACAGAGACGUGAGGCUUGUGUUGAAAAUCCUUCAGAAGGAAGUCUUGAAGGGCUGUAAAAUUGUUUUCAGCCAUGUUUUCCCUUCAAAUGUACAGGCUGAUACUCAUCCUUUGUGGAAGAUGGCGGAGCAGUUGGGAGCUAUUUGUUCAACACAAGUGGAUCCAACAGUCACACACGUGGUUGCAGCCGAUGCUCGAACACAAAAAUCUCGUUGGGCAGUAGAAGAAGGCAAGUUUUUGGUGAAUCCGCAGUGGAUUCAUACUGCAAAUUUCAUGUGGCAAAAGCAACCUGAAGACAGUUUCCCCUGUCAUUACCAACAUUAAACAACUCUUAACUUACCACACCUCAAUUUGACUAUAAUCAUAAUUGUGGCCACACCCCCUGAAGUAGAAAUCAGUUCCCCCA